AUUUAAUUGGCUGAUAACCAAAAUUCAUUGGCCACAGUGCUUGGAUAACACAGACUUCGAAUUCCGGCGAGAUACGCCGUCCGUCCGUUCCAACUCCCGGCCGGAUUCACGCUUCACGGCAUAAGAAACUGAAGAACUGUUGUCUUCCGGCGAUGAUUCUUUCGACUGUAUCUGUAACAACGUAUAGUUCCUUCGGCUUAAUUACUGUCGCCUCUUCUAGCGGCUGCCGCCGUAAUCGACUGGUCCGAUUCGAGGUUCGAGCAUUUGUUGGAAAACAUCUGCCUCCGCUCCAAAAACAUGUUGAUAAAUCCUCCGUUCUCACCUCAAGUCUUAAUCUCCUCGAAUGGGAUAAGCUUUGUGAGUCCGUCUCUUCAUUUGCUGGCACUUCCUUAGGCCGAGAAGCAUCUAAGGCGCAGCUUUGGCAACUGAAUCAUACUUAUGAAGACAGUACGAGACUUCUAGGCGAGACAAAUGCGGCAGUGGAAAUGCACAAGCAUGGUGACAUUGUUUUGGACUUCAGUAGCAUUGAUAUUGCAUUGGUAAAAUCUGCAAUUCAACAUGCCCGCAGGAGCCUUCCCGUUGAGGGAAUUGAAGCCUUGUCUAUUUUGACCCUGCUACAAUUGGCUGAAACACUUCAACUCAAUCUUAAGGCUGCCAUCAAGGUAGAUCCUGAUUGGUACCAACGCUUCAUGCCUAUUGCAGACAUGAUAUCAGAUAUGGUUAUAAUCCAGUCAUUAAUGAAAUUUAUUCAACGAUUGAUAGAUGAAGAUGGUUCUGUGAAGGAUACUGCAAGUUCUGACUUGAAGAGAUCUCGUGAUAGAGUAAGGGCACUUGAAAUGAAGUUAAACCAGUUGUUGGACAGCCUAGUCAGGAACAAGAUGACAGAAGCAUAUUCUCACGAAUUGUGUAAUGUUGGCGGAAGAUGGUGCCUGAAAUUGGAGGGGGCUGAUCCACGUGCAAGUGUUCAGGGGUUAUUGUUGACCAGUGGUUCAGGUACCGGAAGUAUUGUUGAGCCACUGUCUGCUGUUCCAUUAAAUGAUGAAUUGCAGCAAGCAAAAGCAUCGGUAGCUUUGGCAGAAGAGGAGGUUCUUCUAAAGAUAACAAUGAAGAUGCAAGAGGAUCUUAUUCACAUGGAAAACUUGCUGAACAGUGUAGUUAAACUGGAUGUGAUCAAUGCCAGAGCAAAGCACAGUAUUUCAUUUGGAGGUGUAAGUCCUGAUCUUUUUCUACCAAUAGCUAAGGAUGGAGAUUUUCUUGCGCACAGCACAAAUGAAAACAAAAGUUCAGUAACAUCACAUCCUUCUGAGUGGAAAUGGAUGUUGUAUCUUCCAAAGGCUUAUCAUCCUUUGCUACUUCAAAAUCACUAUCAACAGUUAAAGAAGGCCAUGAAGGAUGUCAGUGAUGCCACUGCAGAAAAUAGGAGGAGAAAACAAGGUGGAGUUAUGACUGGAAAAAAUUUAACUGACAUAGAUUUGCCAUCCUUACAAAUAAAGGUUACCAAGUUGAAAGAAGCUCGUCCAGUUCCUGUUGAUAUUUUUGUGGAUAAGAAAACGAGGGUUCUGGUCAUGACUGGCCCUAAUACUGGAGGGAAAACCAUUUGCUUAAAAACAGUAGGGCUGGCUGCUAUGAUGGCAAAAUCCGGUCUUCAUGUGUUAUCAGCAGAACCUGUUAAAAUCCCUUGGUUUGAUUCUAUAUUUGCUGAUAUUGGUGAUGAACAAUCCUUGUCACAAUCGUUGUCUACCUUCUCUGGCCACUUGAAACAAAUUAGUAACAUUCAAAGGCAUUCGACGCGGAGAUCAUUAGUUCUAUUAGAUGAAGUUGGUUCUGGGACUAAUCCCAUUGAAGGAGCUGCAUUAGGCAUGUCGCUGUUAGAAUCAUUUGCUGAAAGUGGUGCUUUCUUGACGAUAGCUACAACACACCAUGGUGAACUCAAAACUCUAAAGUAUAGUAAUGAUGCCUUUGAGAAUGCCUGCUUGGAGUUUGAUGAAAUUAACCUGAAGCCAACUUAUAGGAUCCUUUGGGGUGUGCCAGGACGUUCAAAUGCAAUCAGCAUAUCAGAAAGAUUAGGGCUUCCACAGAUCAUCAUAGAUAAUGCCCGAGGGUUGUAUGGGGCAUCUAAUGCAGAAAUUAAUGGGGUCAUAAUGGAUAUGGAGAAACACAAGCAAAAUUUUCAUAAUCAUGUCAGUGAAGCACAACAUCAUCUUAUGCUGUCAAAAGAUCUUCAUGAAAAGCUACUAGUGACAAAAAGGAAGGUUGUGGAUCACAUCUUGGAGCUAAGAUACAAAAAGAUGCAAGAAAUAUCUCAUAUUUCAGCAAUGGCGCGUCCACUUCUUCACAAGAAAGUAAGAGAGGCUCGUGCAACAGCUAGUCAACAUCUUCAGCAUACACUAGGAACCAAAAACCAACAAACUUCCACAAGUAAAAACCAACAUAACUCUGAAGGAAACAAACAACAAACUGUGGCAAGUAACAAUGAACAACUCAUUGCAUCAAGUGAGGAUUCAAAGUUGACAUCAAAACCAGCGAAACAUGCUAAACAACUGGAGAUUGGUGAUAAAGUAGUUAUUUCUUCUUUAAGAAAGGAAGCAACGGUUAUAAAAGUGGAACUAUCGAAAGGAGAAGUAUUGGUUCAAGCUGGCAACAUGAAAUUGAAGGUGAAACUUUCUGAUUUGGAACAAUAAUGCUUCCCAAGGUAUAUAAGAAAUAUUCUUCUAGUUAAC